CCAUCAAUCUAUUCCCGCUGAGAUUUGCUUCUGCUCCGUCAAAGCUCACAAUUCCAUCAAGCUCCAAAAAGCAAACGGCACCACUCCUGUCCUCGCCCUUUCUAUCUACUUCUACUUUUUCUUUUUUUCCAAGUCAACCAAUCGCAACAAUGAUGGAUGGAGUGAGUUAUUUCGAGACCGUCUCUGAAGUCGGCCAGAGCUGGGACAAAGUGAAGAGGAUCCCUACCUACGAUGAGAUGUUCGGUGUGGCCCUUUUCGAACAGAUGUAUGAGAUUGCCCCUGAUGCAUGGGGUAUCUUCCCUUGGUCUGCGGAAGACAUGAACAACAAGGACGAGAAGUUCCUCCAGUUCGCCAAGAAGUUUGUCCGAAUGCUUGACGUUGCUGUGGAUAUGCUUGGUCCAGAUAUGGAUGUCGUGGAAGGUCAACUGUAUGAUCUGGGUUCAUUUCACAAGCGAUAUGGAGUCACUCCCAAGCACUACGAUCUCAUGGGCAAGUCAUUAGUGCAGACGCUCAAGAAGGUGUUGGGACGCCGGUCGUUCACAGACAAGACCGACAAGGCAUGGAGAGAGGUCUACUCAUUCAUGUCCAUGACCAUGAUCCAAGGAUCUGCUGGCAUUUAAAAACACCUAUUGCGUGCCAAUCCAUGGUGCUGUAAUGCAAUGCAAUGCAACAGCAACCCCACUCUGUGAGAGUGGAUAGGAGGACAGGGCCACUGAAGAAGCGGUGAUAUGAUUUGUGGUCCUUUGUCGUUGACGUGUACAACAGAGCUUUUAUAAUAACUAUUAAACAGAAAAUCUACUAGAACUCCAUCG